ACAUGGAGGCGCUUCCUAUACGCGGAUCAAGUCAAAUUGUCCCAUGAUCUCUGUUUUUCUUCUCUCUAAUUUACAUUGGAAAGAACCAAUGAAAAGUGAUGAUCGCGACCGAUGAUGUAAAGGACGAGAACGACUCGUCGAAGCUCUCAGUAUCGAAAAUGGCGGCGAAGAGUGGUGGCCAGGAUGAGUGGCCUGCGUUAUUAAAGCCGAUAAUAGGAACUUCACGUUCACUUAAUAAAAAUGACGUUCUCGGGCUCGCAAAGAGUAUCCUCAAGAGCGAGAAUAAGUUUUUUUCCCACGAGGAGCAAUAUGACACUUUUUUCACGGUUGCCGCUGUGUUAUCCGCGGAUUAUAUUAGCGCUUGCGCAAGUUCGUUUGCCAAGUGUCAAAUACCUAUCGCUUAUCAAGCAUGCAAAGUCUUGCUCACACUUUUUGUGGAAAAGCUGCAGCAGCAGCAAGCUCAAUCAGAUACCACGCAGACUGUUUUGACCACAAAGCAGUUAUUGCUGCCGAUACGUGCAUUAUGUACGGGACAGUCUCUCCUCUCAUCAGCAGAGGAAGUAGCUCUUAUUACCACGAUAAAAAGUGCCAAGGUACCACCUUCCUCGAAACCGUUACCUGUAGGAAAAGAAAAAGAAUCGUCUCAACAGUCUGUAAAAGAAUCUAUGCGGUCUCGCUGUGAUUUAUCCACCAGCAUCCUUGAGCAAUUGACAAUGCCAUUGCAAGACUUUUCUUCAUCUUUGAUUCUUGCUAGUGAAAGUCCCACGGAUGGUGCAAAUAAAAAUACCAAUGGCACCGCAAGUGAGACCCAUUCUGACACUAAGAUGAUGUUUAUUGCCAAUAAUAUAAGCACACUACAAAAUAUGGGAGCGGGCGAUAUUCUAUUGGAUAUGUGUCUAAAUCUUCCACACUUGUCACGCUAUACACGAAAGUAUCAAGCAUAUUUAUCUAAAAAAGGAUUCAGCUUGCCUGCCAAUGCAUCUGAGGCACACACUAUAAGGCACAAUCUACACUCUGUUGUUAGCGACAUUAAUAUUGUACAUAAUGUGAUGUCACUUCCAAUACUUGAACCUUUAACACCUCAGAAAUUAGAAAAAUUGUCACUACUGACUAUGUCUUGCCUGUACUGUUCAAUUGCAAAUGCAACAGCAUCAAGCAUAGUUGGCAUAACUAAUGCUGUAUCACCUAAAUGUAGUACAAAUACCACCGGAAAUAAUCAAGCCAAUCAGAAUACGAAAACCACCGACGAGGAGUACGACACUCUAGCAAUUACGGUCGUUGAGAAGAGUCUAGAAAUAUUUGGACAAGUAUCAAAUGUUAUUAAAAAUAGCACACGCGCAGGAGGACAUAUUUUGCAAAAUCACUUGCUUAUUGGUGUGUGGCUCCUAGUCGCUGGAUUGCAAGCACAGUUAACUGUUAGUAGUUUUGCUGCAGACAAAGGGAAAGAUGAAAAAGGGAAGUCGCCCAGUAAAGCUCGGGAUGCAAGUGGACGUGUGAAUCUUAUGAAAGUGCAACAGGGAUUUGGCGUGCUGUCAGUGGCAUUAGCAUCACACUCACUGAACUUGAUGAGCGCACUUCUCGAAGAUGUAUCUAUCGAGGCCAAUUCCGACCUGGUCGUGGCAGUUCCAGAACCAGCGCCAUUGGAUAUCUUGUCUACUGCUACUGCGUUGCAAAGAGCAGUAACCUUUUUACAAGCGGUGCCCUUAAAUCAUCUGCUCUUUUAUCUGGCUACUAUCAGUUACAGAAAGGCUUGUACACUGAAGAGAGUGCAAAAGCAUCCUUUGGAAGGAGAUGCAUUGAGUCAAUCGGAUUCUACCACAUACUAUGAAGAUCUUCUGAGUUGUUCAGAGAACUCCACUGAUGAGGAGGAGGACAGCGAACCUAUUUUGGGACUGUGGUUUGAAGAAACCAUUGCUCCAUCGGACGAAACUUCCACAAAUACCAAUAAAGAAACAAAUAAUGAAGCAAGCGCGGAACGUACCACCACCACCACUAUCGUUCCCGAUAAUCGUGAGCCGCAUGGUUACAUUUCACUUGCGACGAAGAUAUUCCAAUUUAUGAAUAAGUAUUUAAUCGGGAGCAGAAGCACAUACGUUCGUGAAUAUGUGGUUAACGGUUUGGUUGAGCAGCAAAUGGUUAUAUUGGCAGCAAUUAUAAGAGAUCUGGAUCACGAAACAGCUAGAACAGAAACAGGCACAAUUUCAGCAUUUUAUGGUGCUACAUUGGGCGCUAUGUACUCGGAAUUUUCUCAAGCUCUGAGUCGUUAUACGCACAACCUGCUUGCGUGGAAUACUCUGAGCGAAGCACUUCAAAACACCUUACUUCAGCACUUGGGCGUGAGUCCUUGGUCUACCGAAAACAGUAGUUCAACCACUUGGCCCCUUCAAGUAUAUCCGCGAACUCUCAGCGUACUGGCACAGGUGCUUUUGCUGAAGCCUCAGUUAGAAAGAGAAGCUGCGUGUAUAAGCAUAUGGCAUCGGCUGGUGACAACUAUGGUUGAGAAUGUGUGUAAUCCUCAAUCUACGUACGAAGCUGAGAACGAAGAUUUAAACGUGGAACACGCCCAGUUAGUUCUCUUCCUGUUUCAUUCUCUGAAUUUGAUGCAGAAGAAGUCAGUGUUACUUGUGACCGGAAGUGGUGCGGUGCGUUGCAGCGAAGCGGUCAAAACACCGAUGAAGGAUUCGCAGUUGUUGCACUUGUCCCGAUUGCUGCUAUUACUCGAGUAUAUGAUGAAACAUCUGUAUGACGCGCACCCAGUAUUACUCGAACAAGUACAGUGGAAUCUGUUCUCUGCUACAAGCUUAGUAUACGAUACAAAAGAUGGAAAUAAACAGACUAGCAGGGCUUUCACUCCUUGGGUAGAAAUAGAGGAUAAUUAUCGCAAAUACGGCUCGCAGGAUGAAUUUUCAAUGAAACCGCGAUUUUAUAAUUUAUCGAGAACAGACUUUAAUAACCAGGAUACACCGAAAUUGGACGGAUUGGCUUGCAACUUUAUCUUGGGCACACCGGAUAAAAUGAAGUAUCCUCUCCUAGUCGAUGCGUUAAUCGACAUCUUGAAUGUACUUAAUCAGACUGAUAUGCACAAGAAAAGUGGUGUUGAUAAUAAGGAGAAAAUUACAUUCACGGGACUGUGUGCAAUUCACUAUUGCUUUUCUAUAUGUUGGGAAUUAUUGUUGAUGUUACCUCCUUCGACUCCUUACAUGAAUAAACUUGCUCUCGGCGAGGAAAUACCAGCUGGACCAAUGUUACUCCACUCAUUGAUAUGGGGGCCGAGAGCUGCGUAUAAGACUUUCACCGGUUGGAUGAAGGACUGUUUGGUGAAGCAGGGAAUGUACACGCAGUACGCUGAAAAUUUAUUGAAAACCGUUUCAUCUACCGUGAAUUCCCUCAAAUACGACGUUACCCUGGCAAAGAAUUGUAUUGUUUCACUUAAACCAGAAUAUACUUCCACCGAUAAAAUAAUGCCAAGAGCGUCUUUACCAAAACUUGGUUCUCUGUAUAUACUGGCUGCGGUUGUAGGAAAACUACAGGUUCUCAUGGAUGAGAACGUGUCGAAAAACUCGACGGAGAAUAUCGAAACUACUAAGAGUCCACAGAAUACAGAUGCGACGCCUUCGAACAGGAAUAAAAUGAUCGUUGAAAUUCUACCGCAUAUUUUAUCGCUGACAGAAGCAAUUCUGCUGUCAUGCCGGUCUAACAUAUUGUAUCAUACGUUCGAGUCCACCGAGGAGGACGGAAAAUACGGUACACGGGACUAUCUGAUCUUGGAUAAUAUUCUGUCAAUGGCAGGUGCAAAUUGGGGAACGGAAUCGUCGUUGAUUUCAUUCUUACCGAGUAGCGUUAAAUCUGCGUUGGACAAGUGGAAGAGUAUCGCAUUUCCUCUUGUAACUUGGCAUACAUAUGCAAAUGACAUAAUACCAGCGGAAAGUUACAUUCUCACUACAGUCAGUUAUCAUGUCAGCUCCCUGUCUGAGCACCCGACCUUCUCUAUCAAUCCGUCUCUGAAAAACUUGCUGCAUUGCUUGGUUUCGUUUGUUAUGGAGUACAUUACCGCUGCAACAGUCCCGGAGCAACAGUCAGACAUACAUUCUCAAGCAGUUAACAUCCUUAUUUCAUUGUCAAUGGACGCACGUACUGAUUACGUUCGAGAUAUGGCUACGAGUACUCUGAUAAAGUUAUUGGGACAGGACAAUGAUAAUGAAGCACGACACUUGCGAGAGCACUUGUUUGUGCUAAAUCACACUUAUAAUCUGAUAAUCGAGUAUACUGACACCACAAAUGGACCUAUCAAUGUUAUUAUUGAUGAGGAAAUAUUGAAGCAGUGUAUCAAAUAUUGGGAGCGACUUUUGGAGAAACCUCUUGGAUGUAAAGCCUUAGAUACGUUCUUCGCCCCCGACUCAAAUCAUAGUCUUGUGUCUAUCUUGUUGUCCAUAACGUCAUCUCAAGCUUCGCUGCAGUUCAGCACGCACAUUUUACACUUUUUCAACAUACUGUUCAGAACAGCCGAGAAAACGACGGACGGAUCGUUGGAUCGUCUCUGCAAUUCUGUGGCGAAUUUCGCCAACGUCGAGAGUGAGAAACUACAGACCUGGUUCAGACACGUCAUAUUAGGAGCGACGAGCAAAGUACCGACGAGUACUUCUACAACGAACGUCACAACACCUACAGCUGCCGCCGCAAAUACAGUGGUAGCUGUCUCCAGCACGUCGGAGGAUAGUCAGAAACCGGACGAGAAAAACAACGCGUCUAAUAAUGAGCAAGUCCAAUGGGCCAUUUCCGUGUCUGACAAUGCCAACAAUCAGCCUGCGGCUAAUAACGACGAGCAGCACUCGAUCCAUGAGAACAGCCGCUUCUUGCGGGCGCUCACGAAUUACAUAGUGAAGGACAAGAGCAAUACCAGCGUGGACGUCUCGAUAACCAUCCUCCAAGCUCUCAUACCAUUAGCGUACCACAUCCUUUCUCCUACAAUCGAAGGGAACAGAUUCUCGGAAUUGAUGCACAUUAUGUCUACAUUGGCCGACGCUGGGUCUGAAAAAGGGCACAGAUUGCUAUUCAAAGCUGCAACUGAAUGGGUAGAGCUUUGCAAGGAGCAGAUUAUGAAUAAGGAUCCCCAGACUUUCGACAAGCCGUCGCCGUACAUCGAAGCUGGCUGCUGUAUGUUGAAUUACAUAGCAGACAUAGUGGGCGCGAUUUGUCCACAGCAGGCACAGUCGCAAGAUCGGGCGACCAGCCCGCCGUGGGAGGGCGCGAUACCCAGCAACGACGUGAACGACAGCGACUGGGUGGACGAGAUUCCGCACGAGGAUGACGAUAGCGCGGCCGAGGAUUCGGACGAGGACAGUCUCUGCAACAAGCUCUGCACCUUCACGAUCACGCAGAAAGAGUUUAUGAAUCAACAUUGGUACCAUUGUCACACGUGCAACAUGGUGGACGGAGUCGGCGUUUGCACCGUGUGCGCGCGAGUGUGUCAUCGCGGACACGACGUGACCUAUGCCAAGUACGGGAAUUUCUUCUGCGAUUGCGGCGCUAAGGACGACGGAUCGUGCCAGGCAUUGACGAAGCGCAGCCCGCAGAGUUCGGAGCAUCAAGUCGGCAAUAACAUACCGUACAACAAUGUCGGGGCUCCCGUCGAGAGCAAUCUGCUUCUCACGAGCAGCCUACGCCGAAGAGCAUCCAGCCCCGUGCAUUUAUACGACAAGCACGAACGAAACGGACGCGACACUCAGAAGCAAGCGUGCCUGGCCAAGCAAUUGGAAUCUUCCAAGGAUUGGAUAUAUUCUCAACUAUGGAAAAGUGGAUUAGUAUCUUCGUUAGUGGACCUAACACGUGUAUUGGUGCCCGCAGUGGAUGCAUCCUGCCAGCGUUAUUCGCCAGUCGGCUGCCACGCGCGUGCUCAAUUGGCGCUUAAACACUUACACACACUUGACAAGAAGUUUGAACAUACAGAUCAGCUUAUGUUACCGACCUUGGGAUCUCAGGAAGGUGCGUUUGAAAACGUGAGGAUGAAUUACUCGGGAGAUCAGGGCCAAACGAUCAGACAGUUAUUGUCCGCCCAUAUGAUACGACGUGUCGCCAUGUGUUGCUUGUCAUCCCCGCACGGUAAACGACAGCACUUAGCAGCCGUUUCACACGAGAAGGGCAAGAUAACGGUGCUGCAACUUAGCGCGUUGCUGAAGCAAGCCGACUCUUCUAAAAGGAAACUGACUCUGACUAGGCUCGCCUCGGCACCGGUACCUUUCACGGUCCUCUCGGUCACCGGGAACCAGUGGAACGAGGACUUCUUGGCUGUUUGUGGAUUCAAGGACUGCCACGUGCUUACGUUCAACAGCUCGGGAACGGUGUCCGACCACUUGGUUCUUCACCCUCAGCUCGAGAGCGGGAACUUCAUCAUCAAAGCGUUGUGGCUGCCCGGCGCACAGACGCAGUUAGCGCUGGUUACCGCCGAUUUCGUGAAAAUUUACGACCUGGGCAGGGACGCGCUGAGCCCGCAGUAUUACUUCCUCGUGCCGACGGGCAAGAUCCGAGAUUGCACCUUCAUGCACGCGGAGGACGGCACGUUCCACAUGCUGUUGAUGUCCUCGGCCGGAUACAUUUACAGCCAAGUGAUGGACGAGGAGAGCUUAGCCAAGCACGGUGCUUUCUACGUGACGAACACAUUAGACGUCUAUCAUCCGGAACUGAAGGACAACGGCCAAGUGGGCAGCGGUGGGGUCUCCAUUUAUUACUCCCACGCCCUGCAAUUGUUGUUCUUCAGCUACGCUUGCGGCAAGAGCUUCAUCGCGCCGCUCAAGCACAUGGACUCCGAUAUCACGGUGGUGUUCCAAAUUAAUCUGGCGAACAAGACUAACGGGAACAAGUCGAACAACAACCAGCCGCAGCCGUUGUGCCAAUGGAGCGAGGUGGCGAAUCACCCCGGGCUGGUUUGCUCGAUUAUGCAGACCAGCAAUAAUCCGGUGAUACUGAUGAUCAAGCCCGACACGAUCAUGAUACAGGAGAUCAAAGUGGUGCCCGCGAAGGCGAAGAUCAUGGACAUGGUGGCGAUUCGGCAUCCCAGCUCGAACGCUGAACACCGCACCACUCUGAUAUUGCUGUGCGAAGACGGAAGUCUGAGGAUCUACAUGGCCGGUAUGGAGCAGACCGGAUUUUGGAUGUCGUCCACCGUGCAACCGAUCAGCACCACCUCCGGCAUUAAACCGGCGCGAAAGAAGAAGACGAACAAGAUUGGAAAGCCAUCGGGAUCGCACGUCACAUUUCCCAUCGAUUUCUUCGAGCAUUGCCAGAUGAUGAACGAGGUGGAAUUCGGCGGCAACGAUCUCCUGCAAAUCUACAAUGUCGCUCAGAUCAAGCAUCGUUUGAAUACCACCGGGAUGUACGUGGUCUCCACGAAAGCUAUGGGCUUUAACGUGGAGGUGACGAACAACGAUGCGAUUUUAGUAAUGACGGGAAUCAGAGUGCUCUUCGGCAAUCAGGACAUUCAACGGGCACCUUUGUAUGUCGAAGUAUUCGGAAGAAGUAUUCGGACCACGUUAACCAGAAGUCGUUGGUUCGACAUCCCUUUAACGAGAGAGGAAAGCCUUCAAGCUGAUAAGAAAUUAACCAUCACUUUUGGCCCGUCUCAGGAUCCGGAGGGUGUUAUCAUGGUGGAUUCUAUCAAAAUAUACGGUAAGACCAAGGAUACAUUUGGUUGGCCUGAGGAGAUAGAGGAACCUCAACCAGCAUCCGCGCCAGUGACGACAAUCAACAAUGAAGCCGACAACACUAUCGUUUCUCCCGCACCAUUGUCUUCGACCGACAAAACGACAAAGGAUAGUUCGGUUAACAUAGAAAGGAUGAUAUCCAGCAUAUUGGAAGUCCUGGAAUCUUCGUUUAUCUUAUCCUCGCACGACGACAACAACAAGCCCUCCCUAAAAUCCACGGCUAUCGAUGUUGCGUCGCGAUUGUUAAUACUACCGACGCCACCGUCGGUGCAAAUGCACACUACAGCCUUGUUAGCUGCGCUUCACAACACCAAACAGGCUUAUCACUUCCACAAGGACCACGCAUUGUUAUCGCACGUGCUCGAGUCCUUGAGGUCAAUGCGGGAAGCUAACGACUCAUGCGACAUCGAUGCGGAGAAUUUCUACAGGCUCGUGCUGAUCGUUCGUGCUAUUGCCGUUUCUCGGCCGCAAAAUCUCGCGAAAUUCGCCGAGCAGUAUGCGAACAAGUCGAUCGACGAGAGUAACGUGCCUGUUUUCGAGAAGGACCGCUUGGAAGCCCGUUCGUGCACGAAAGCGGACGGGAAUCAGCAUCUAGUCAUACAACUGAUGGAGAUAUUGUGGUCCUUGCAUGUGUCAUACCCUAAGAACAUGGCACUCGCCCCGGUGGUCGUGCCAGGGCUCACGCACGCGGAGGGAACGGUCCACGCCAUCGUGGAGAUCAUUCACGCCUUCACGAUCUGCGACGUCGAGAACAACACACCGAUUGCCGCGAAACUCUACCUGCAAUUACUGCUGUCCUCGGACACGGUGGUCAGUUUUAGCGCGAAGCACGCGAUAAUCCGAGUACUCAGGCCCAGAUACAGACGCAGGAGGGUGUACAUACCGAGCCCGCCAAAUUGCAGUACUCCAGGCGUGGUUGCCGAAGCCGAAGAGAAGUCCGUCUCGGUACCAUCGCAGGCCUCCCAAGACACGGUGGAGCGCGACGUGGAACAGCAGUUCGACAUCGAAGCCGUCGAAGCGGUGGACAGAGUGGCGGCUAUGCUCGGCGCCGAGGGCAAUCAGAACUCGGCGGCUGCGAGAGUGGUCAAUCAUCCGCUGGAAGCGUUGCUGGGCGCGGGCAAUUUCCCGCAAUUGCUCGACGUGCCGCCCGAUGCCGACGAUGAGGCGAUGGUGGAGCUCGCGAUAGCUCUCAGUUUACAGGACCACGAGGGAGGUGCCGACCUCCAAGCGCUGCGACAAGGCUUCCAACAAGGCUUCCCCAACCUGCAGGGUAUACAAAGCCUCCAGAAUCUAAGCGGCUCCGCGUUACAGAGCUUGCAGAAUUUGGCCGCGCAGGGAUUGGUGCAAGUUCCGAGCGCCACUCAGGGGCAGGAGGCCGGCCAUUAUUCCGACACGACCGCCUCCGCGGGCGGUUCGGACGACGAGGGCUCGACCGCCGCGACCGAUGGUAGCACCCUGCGAACGUCUCCCGCCGAGCAAGGUGGUAGUGGUGGUAGCAAGGGUAGCGAGAGCGGUGGAAGCGAUAGCGGAGGCAGCGCCGUUGACAGCAUGACAGGGGAGCAUAAUGUUUCUGGCAGGAGCUCCGCGUACGGAGACAAUGCUCCCGAUGCUAUGCCUCCGAUUGGAAUUGGAGUCAGUCAAGCGCCACGUUCUGAAACUAAUACUCUAGAUGUUCCCACGACUUUCACUACCACCGAGCAAGAAGAAGGUACCGAGCAAGAGCAGGGUGUCGAGCAGGAAAACGACACGACUGGCGAGAUCACCGUCAAACUGCAUGCCAUACGGCUCUUACUGUUGGACAGAUUUACACAAUUUGUGCCGAAUCUGAUUAACGUCCGGGGAGUGCUCGCUAUUCCAUUUAUGCAGGUUGUGCUGAUGUUAACUUCCGACCUCGAUGGUCAAGAUGAAAGAGACAAAGCGUGCGUGGAACGGUUGCUGCAAAUGCUCGUGAAAGAGCUCGAAAUGGACAAACCUGAUACGAACAACAUAUGCGAGCGCAGCAAUAAGAGGGAAGUCCAUCUGGUCAUUAUGCGUUUAUUAAGCGUUCUUAUGUCUCGUUCGAAGUACGCCACGAAGACUUCCUCGGACAAUCCGAACUUCGUGUCACAGACCACUGCUGCAAUUCUGAGCAAAGCUGGUAUUAUCGACUAUUGCCUAACGUUGUUGCAGGCCUUACUCGAUUAUUGGAAAACUACCACCACGGAGGAGCCUGGCACUAUGAUAGGAGGCCAAUUGCUCAAGGAGCACCUUACCGCGUCGCCUCCGGAUAUGUCGCCGUUCUUUUUACGCCAGUACGUCAAGGGUCACGCUGGCGAUGUGUUCGAGCCCUAUCCUCAAUUACUCACGGAGAUGGUGCUGAGAUUACCGUAUCAGGUGCACAAAUACGCGGAGAGCACGGUGGUGCAACCCGCUUUCGAACAGCCGUGGUACUUCUAUCUCUGCGAGUACAUGAUGUCCUACCAGACGCCGUUUGUCAGGCGACAAGUACGUAAAUUGCUGCUCUUCAUUUGCGGCAACAAGGAGAAGUAUCGGCAAUUACGAGACCUCCACGCUCUCAUAUCUCACGUGCAGUCCGUGCAACAGUGCUGCAGCACCGGCGGAUACGAUCCAUUGCACGCGCGUCCGCAUUCCAUCAAUCUGCCGUACGAUUCGUUGGUGGAAUUGAUCGAACAUCUGAAAUGCUGCGUGGAGAUCGCCACCAGCCGCACGGGGAACUGGCAACGAUUUUGCCUGAAGCAGAACACCGUACUGUCGUAUCUCUUCUCGAUAUCGACGCUCCUGGACGAAGGCGUGAGCCCCACGGUGCUCCAACUGUUGCAGUGCGCCAUCUGCUCGAACAACAAGUCCAAGGAAGCCAAGGACACGAGAUCCAAGGAUUCUAAGUCGGCAACCGGCACGAAGGAGAGGCGGGAACGCGAGAAAUCGGAGGAUUCCGACACAGAGGCCAAAUUCGAAGAGGCACAGUGCUUGACGUUGGUUGAACAGAUCCAGAAGCAAGUGCAUCCCGCACUGCUGAUCAAGUUUAUACAGACCUUCCUGCUCGAAACGAACAACACGAAUGUCCGUUGGCAGGCGCACUCUCUUAUACUGGCAAUCUACAAAAAUUGCGGACCGUCCGACCAGGAAGUCCUGUUGGACCUCCUAUGGCGCCUGUGGCCUCUGCUUCCGGCCUACGGCAGGAAGGCGGCGCAGUUCGUCGAUUUGCUCGGCUACUUCUGCCUGAAGACGCCCCACGCCGGGAAGAAGAUGCACACGUAUAUGGAGCAGGCGGUCGCGGUUUUGCACGCGCAGAAUCAGCUGCUCGCGCGACACCCUAACGCGAAUCUCUACGUGAAUCUGGCGCAGUUUGUCGAAUUGGACGGCUACUACCUGGAGAGCGAACCUUGCCUCGUGUGCAACAAUCCGGAGGUCUCGAUGGCGACGAUCAAGCUGUCCUCCAUCAAGGUGGACUCCAAGUUCACGACGACGACGCAGAUAGUGAAGCUGGUCGGCAGUCACACGAUCAGCCGCAUCACCCUGCGCAUCGGCGACUUGAAGCGCACCAAGAUGGUGCGCACCAUCAACGUCUACUACAACAACCGGUCGGUGCAGGCCGUCGUGGAGCUGAAGAACAAGCCGGCGAUGUGGCACAAGGCGAAGAAGAUCACGCUCGCGCAGGGCCAGACCGAGGUCAAGAUGGAGUUCCCCCUGCCGAUAGUGGCGUGCAACUUGAUGAUCGAGUACGCCGACUUCUACGAGAACAUCCAGGCGUCGUCCGAGACGCUGCAGUGCCCGCGAUGUUCCGCCAGUGUGCCGGCGAAUCCCGGCAUCUGCGCGAACUGCGGCGAAAACGUGUUCCAGUGCCACAAGUGUCGCGCGAUCAACUACGACGAGAAGGAUCCGUUCCUGUGUCACGCAUGUGGCUUCUGCAAGUACGCCAAGUUCGACUACACGCUGACCGGUAGGCCGUGCUGCGCCGUGGACCCGAUCGAGAGCGACGACGACCGGAAGAAGACCGUGGCCACCAUUAACACGCUGCUGGAGAAAGCGGACCGGGUGUACAAGACCCUGAUAUCCAACAAGCCGACACUGGAGAUGCUGCUCAUCAAGAUCUCCGAGCAUCGUCUGGAUCGCGGGCUGGAGGACGGCAUACAGAUAUCCGGCAGCACCCAAGUGAACCGAGCGAUCCAGCUGCUCGCGCAGCGAUACUGCGGCGAGUGCAAGACCUCCUUCGAGGAGCUCAGCAAGAUCAUUCAGCGCGUGCUGGCCUGCCGCAGGGAGCUCGUAGCUUACGACAGGAACCAACGGGGCCAGAGCAGCUCGCAGUCGUCGUACGGCAUGUCCGUGAGCGACGUCACCAAGGACGAGGCGAUAGUCUCGCCGGUGGGACGCUGUUACGGUUGCGCGUCCGCCGCCACCGAGCACUGUCUCACCCUGCUGCGCGCCUUGGCGACCAACAGCGUCGCCAGGGACGUCCUGUGCAAGCAGGGCCUCAUUCAGGAGCUCGUGGAGCACAACCUGCGGAAGGGCACGGUGCAAAUGCAGGAGGAGGUGCGGCAGCUGCUCUGCCUCGUCACCAGGGACAACGCUCAGUCGACCAAGGAGAUAUGUUCCCUUCUUACCAGCCGGAUCACGUUGACGUUGCGCGGACGAGUCGCCACUCCCGACCUCUCGGUCGCCGUGCGUCACGAAAUGGCUCUCCUCGCGGCGCUCGUGCAGAAGGAGGACUCCUGCUGGGAGCAGAAGUUGCGUUGCGUCAUGCAGCUGUUCCUGACCGCCUGCAAAGAGUCCAAGAGUCCCGUCGUCAUGGAAAGUAUCAUAUUGCCGUGUCUGAAGAUCCUGCAAGGCCUCAUCAAACCCGAACAGCCGGUCUCCAAGAAGAAUAAAGAUAAAACCAUGGAGUCUCUGGCGACGGUGCAGCCACCGGAAGGCAUCAGUAUCGAUGUGGGGAAGUGGAUCAGCGGUGACCCCAAGCAUUCCUAUUCGGAAUGGCUUCACCGCAUGCCGGCCAAGAAAACGGAACCGUCUACGACGAAACCUCUUAAAAAGGACGAAGCUCGAGUGUUGUACUUGAUAGAGAAGUACGGGCACAGGUGGCACCAACGUUGCAUGCGGCAUCAAGGCGUCCAGCCGUUGAAGCUGUCGGACGGCGCCUGGUUGAAGGAAGUGCUCUUCAAUCCAAGUUCUCGGCUGGCGCGGCAAGUCGCCUGCAGCAUGAUAGAGAGCCUGUGCCAAGGCACUGAGAGGAAGAAGGAGGUCCUGGUUCUGUUGACGUGUUACUUGGAGGAGCUACGUACUGCUGGCGAAAGCAGCACCGAGUUUCUGACGUUGUAUCAGUGCUUGAUCAGACAAUCACCGUGGAAGCAGUUUCUGGCGGUGCGCGGUGUGAUGACCCUGCUGGCGGAUCUCUUGACCAGGGAGAUAGAGGAGUUACAUCGGCUGGAAGAGACUACGUUGACCAGCGACCUCGCUCAAGGCUAUUCGCUGAAAAUGCUCACGGAACUUCUGGCAACUUUCCUGGAGCAAGAAAACAUCAAGCAGCAAUACAAGGGGCGGCUGGUCGGCGCGGUGUUGAACGGCUACCUGUCGCUCAGGAGGCUCGUCGUGCAACGCACCAGACUGAUCGAUGAUACACAAGAGAAACUGCUGGAGCUCCUGGAGGAGAUGACUACUGGUACCGAAGAGGAAACUAAAGCGUUCAUGGCAAUCUGCGUUGAGACCGUGCAGAAGCACAAUCCUCAAGACGUCCGCACUCCGGUCUUCAUAUUUGAGAGAUUGUGUUCGAUCAUCUAUCCGGAGGAGAACGACAUUGGGGAAUUCUUCCUGACGCUCGAGAAAGAUCCACAACAGGAAGAUUUCCUGCAGGGGAGAAUGUUGGGGAAUCCUUACAGCAGCUUGGAACCUGGACUCGGCCCGCUUAUGAGAGACGUGAAAAAUAAGAUUUGCCAAGAUUGUGAAUUGGUUGCGCUUCUGGAAGAUGACAACGGCAUGGAGCUCCUCGUCAACAAUAAGAUCAUCAGCCUGGAUCUUCCUGUUAAGGAGGUUUAUAAGAAGAUAUGGGUAUUGGAGGGUGGCGAAUGCGACGCUAUGCGCGUUAUAUAUCGUAUGCGCGGCCUUCUCGGCGACGCCACUGAAGAAUUUGUCGAGACGUUGAAUGCCAGUAGCGAGCAGGAAGUGAACAACGAGGAAGUUUACAAGAUGGCGAAUGUGCUAGCGGAAUGUGGCGGUCUGCAGGUCAUGUUAGACAGAUUGGCCGCGAUACACGAUGUGAAUCGCGCGAGGCCUCUCCUGCAGGUGUUGCUGAAAUUGUUCCGAUUGUGCGUGAAGGUAAAGAAGAACCAAGAAGUUUUAAGCAAACCCGAACUGGGAGCGGUCACCGUGUUCCUUGACGUCCUUCAGCGUUGCCUUGCCACGGAGUCCGAAAACUCCCAAGCGAAAAUCACCGAACAAUUGUUGGAUAUCAUGGAAACUAUACUGGCGAAUGCAGCUUCGCAACCACUGAGUGUAUUUGAGGCGUUUUCGCGCACUCUCGGCGGUCCGGAACAUAUUAAAGCGCUGUUAUCGUGCACGCAGUCCACGGCAGUGAGACAGAGCACGAGCGUGCUCGCGCAUCUUGCGAGAGUUUUGGCAGCGUUGACUUACGGCAACAAGGAGAAAAUGGCACUGUUGUGCGACUACUUUAAACCGGUGUUGAACUUCUACAAGUUCGACUUUGAACACACGCCCGAGGACGAGCAGAAGCUAGAGCUCUUCUGCAUCCUCACUCAAGGUAUCGAGCGAAACGCGAUCGGCAACACGCUGAAAGACUAUAUCAUAAGUAUGGGUAUAGUGAAGGACGCCCUCGAAUAUAUCACCGUGCACGCGCCAUGCGUCAAACCUACGCUCUUACGCACAGACAGCGAUGAGCUGAAGGAUUUCAUAUCCAAACCAGCGUUGAAGUAUAUCCUUCGGUUCCUCACGGGCUUAGCCACGGAUCACGAGCCGACUCAGUUGGCGGUGUCGCAAGUGACUAUCAGCAUAUUCCACAGACUGGAGCAGGUGUCUUCGAACGAACACGUGGGCUCGUUGGCGGAGAAUCUGCUGGAGGCAUUGUGCACCAACAAGCGAGUAGCCGAAUUAAUCGAGGAAGCUCGUCAACACACGCGCAGCGAGAAAAAGCGCUUAGCUAUGGCGAUGCGAGAGAGACAGUUGGGUGCCCUUGGCAUGCAGACCAAUGACAAGGGACAGGUCACCGCCAGCGGAACGAUUCUUCAACAGAUGGAAGACCUGGGAGACGAGACUGGACUGAUCUGCGUUAUCUGCCGUGAAGGAUACAAGUUCAAGCCAAACAUGGUGUUGGGCAUCUACACCUUCACGAAGCGCUGCAACGUAGAGGAAUUCGAGACGAAACAACGAAAAACCGUCGGCUACACGACCGUCACGCACUUCAACGUCGUCCACGUGGACUGCCACAUGUCGGCGGUGCGUCUGGCGCGCGCCCGAGACGAAUGGGAGAGCGCGGCGCUGCAGAACGCCAACACGAAGUGCAACGGACUGUUGCCGUUGUGGGGCCCGCAGGUGCCGGAGUCCGCUUUCGCCAGUUGCUUGGCCAGGCACAACACCUACCUGCAGGAGUGUACUAGUCACCGCGAUAUAUCCUACUCGUCCACCAUUCACGACUUGAAGUUGCUUCUCUUGCGAUUCGCCCAGGAGAAGAGCUUCCACGAGGACACCGGCGGCGGCGGUCCCCAGUCCAAUAUGCACAUAGUACCGUAUUUAAUACACAUGGCUCUGUACGUCGUCAACUCAACGCGAUCGGCGACUAGAGAGGACAAGGCUCUGAUGACUUAUCUGGAAGUGUCGCCGGGAUCAGCGUGGCUCGAUAGUUGCUACGAGGCGGAGGGGCCGUUGUAUCAGUGCACGCUUUCGCUGCUCUUGCUUACGCCCGAUCGAUGGAAACUGCAUAGAUUUGUACACCUCAAUCGACUGCUCGUUCUCGCGCAUCAACGCUACGUAUCGCCUUCGGCCCCCACGAAGACCCUAAUGGAACCAACCGCUAAGGAUUACGCAGUUUAUAAGAGCGUUCUAAUCUUCUUCGGUCUAGUGGAUUGCAUCUACGCUAACUUCUUCAAGAAAGUAAAUGUUCUGUCCGAGGAUCAGUGGCCUUCGGUUUUAGCUGAAUACAUCAGGCACAACGACGAGGCGAUGUUGAAAGCUUCGGAGCGCGUGCUUGCGACGUAUCGCGACGAAUUAUUACCGUGCACAUCGUUCGAGGAGUUUUGCGAUAUUAUUGGCAUAUUGGAAUAUAUAAGAAAUCCUACCACGUAUAUCAACGAUGUCCUGCGACGCCUUGCUUGAAGAUACUGGAAGUUCUCUUUACGUAGCUUACUGCAUUGUUGUUACCGGCGACUCAGUUUUCCUUUCUGUUUUCUCGCCCAAACGAUAUAGUCAUUUUCAAGACUUUUAUAUCGGAAGGAGUUUCGUGUUACAUAUUACAGAUUGAUUAAACGUGAUACAAUUCCAGCCUUUUACGGCGGGAACCUUUUGGGUGUGAAAAUUACGUUAUGUGAUAAGAAAGAUUAAUAUAAAUUAUUCUUCAUGUUGCAUAAAUCUCUUGACUUGUAGACAAAUAUGUACCUAUAUGGAAAGAACUUGUGCUUUAAUAAAUUGCGACUAAAUAAAACGCGUUUAUAUA